AAUCACACAACAACAAAUGGUAGCAACGGGAGACGGAAUACACCUGUACUACCGCGGGGAAUUAUAGACAAAAACAUGGGGAAGUUCACGGUUUAUUAAGUUCAUUUUUGUGAUAACACCAUAGAUGGUAUGGGUUCCUGUGAUGCAUUCAGAUAGCAGAGCAAGCGAAGGCAGAAAAUAAGUGCCCGUUGCAGGCAUGCUCAGCACCCUAGCAAGAGGGUAUGGUUCCUGGACAGGGGAUCUAGAGGUGGCUGGUAAUGAUACGGCGGGCCAUCACAAGCCUGUCCUUAUCACCAGUCUCAGCGGGGAGGACAGCAAGUUCUUGGAGAAGUCCGUCAACAUUCCACUCAGGGUCAAAUCGGCUGUUGGACCUGCAGUCGUCAAACCCUCCUCUUCCCAGUCAGUCCCGAGUGCCAACUCGCUUGCCGAUGCCAUUAAGGACAAGUCGCCCAAGACCAAGUAUGCAAGACCCAAAUCGGUGUGCAGUCAGUCGCAGAGACCCGAAGCAUCCAAGGAAAAGAUCCUUCGCUCCAAAUCUGCCGUCAGUAUUCUGUCCAAGAAGUCCAAGGCGGAUCUUGCCACAAGCCUUGGCCUUCCGAACAGCACAGCCUCCAGUGCUGCUUUUGCUAAACAUGGAACAAAAUUCAAGAGUGUUCCUGAAAAGUCUUCCAAAACCAAAGAGUUGAAUGCCAAAGCAUCUGCCACUUCAUCCACAGAGGUCAAAAGUCAAAGGUCAGAUGGGCAGAUCGCGCUUCCAAAGACGUUCAUGACUCGUAAAGGUGCGCUGAUGCUGUUCACAGCUCCGGAGAAUGUGAUCUUCUCGGAGCCUGACCAGAAGUGCUACUUCAAGAAUGAGAAUGAGGCGAAUGACAUCGGCAAGUUGUCACUGACACUGGGCACAGUGAAUAAGUUAACAACAUCUGUGCUUCGAUAUGGCAGCCACCAACAGCCUGAUGAUGACGUUGAUAGUGAUGAGGGUAGUUACAGAGAGGAGACUCAUAUGCAGUUUGUGCACAAUGACCAAGGGGAUCAGGAAGCUGUGGAUUAUAGGGCCCAGCCUGGGGCGGACUUUGUCUUCUACCUCAGGGACAUGCAGUCACGAUCUGUGGUGCGCAACCUGGUGCGAACCCCAUCCCAACAGUCGCUAGCCUCGGUCGAUUCCACGGCAGAGUUGACGGCCGCGUUACAGAGUAUUGAUAUCAGAGGGACACCAGAGGGCCGAGGGAACCUGAUAUCACCAGACGUCAGCCGGCUGGCCAACCAAUCACAGCGAUGGAACGUGUCCAGCGCUGGCAGCGUCAGGCAACAGUCUAGAAAUGCACUAUCAAGACCAUCUACCUCAGCAUCUAGCCGAAGCGCUACGCUAUCUGUUGAACGCCUUGCUGCGUCACUGAAGAGCUCCCCCUACCUGGGCCACCCCAUCAAAGCCCCCUAUCCGCCCAGUCAAAUGGGCUACCCCUCAUCCCAGGAAUCAUGCCCCAGACACGGCAGUGCAGGGUCUAGAAAGUCCAGCUCUGUCCGGCAGGGUAGCGCACGCUCGGCUCAGUCGCGCAACGCCUCGUCUGCACAUUCUGUAAGGUCACACAGGUCGCAGAGGUCAAACCUGGAGGUCGCGUCGCAGGGAAGCAUGGGUAACUUGUCGGUCCACGAUUAUGGAAUGGAACAGCCUGGUAGUGAGCAUGCUCGUAGCGUUGUGGUGUCACGGGACGGAAGUUUGGUUAUGAUUAACGACGAUGCGAGUGACCAUGGCAACAGCAUCAGAUCCGGCGGUCUUUCUCCUGGGCAGCUCCAGCAUGGGCAACAGGAUUCUUUGUCGGAAGCAGAUUUGGCUGAUUAUAACGAUGUUACUGAUGGGACUAGUCAGCACGAUGCCAUGUCCGUCAACGCUGAUGGGGAAUGGACCCAGGAACAGCCAGCCUACAAUCCAUCGCAGUAUUACGGCAGCCGACCAAGCACUGCCUCCCACCAUACUUACAUAUCAGGAACAACCAGCCUGCCCACAACGAUCCAAGACAGUCAAGUAGACCCCAGCACAUUGCCACUAGACCAGCAACUCGACCAAGACGCGUUGCUGGUGGACCAUGAUGCAUUGCUGGUGGACCAUGAUGCAUUGCUGCUUGACACACCCAUCGAACAGGAUGAUGCUCUAGACAUGUUGCAAGAGAGUGCGAACAGCGGUCAGUGGCCAGUAGACAGCGGUCAAGACAGACUCAGCCCAGCCCCGUCGGCCAGACUGAAAAGCCCGAGUUCAGACCGGCCCAGCUCCCAAGCCAAAUUGCUCAGUCCCCAACCCCAACGCUUGAGCCCUACUCCAUCAGAUGGGUCUCACACCAGCCAGGGAAGAGGUCUGACAGAGACUGGGAUACAAUCAACAGAUGAUAUUGACAUCUUGCCACCAUCAACCAUGGAGAAUGAAGACAUAGCCUCAGUCACAAAAGCCCCAUCCCCUAUACCGUCUGAGAAAGCAGCAACAUCUGAAUCGCAGUUGGAUGAGAUGUCCCCUACAGAGGGCGCUGUGCCACAACAACAGGGUAACGCAUCGCCAGCCCCUCGUGUCGAGGUACCCAGCACUGUACCUAGGUUGCCGGCAAGGAAAGCAGGCAUGGCCGACGUGGUCAACCGGGUUGCAGAGAAAGAAAUGGGCGUACCGUACACAACCCUUGUACCUCCAAAACUGGGUCCAACAGUCGAUGCAACAAAAACUGGAGGGGCUGCUGUGAGGAGGUCACCCUCUCCAGAGAUUAGGACCCCAUCUGAUGCUAAGAAGCCCCCAGCUCCUGAGAAAAAGAUCUCCAAGUUGGACCUGGGCAAGCUGAAAUCAAUGGUCAAGCCUCCAGCUGCCAAGAGCCAGUCGCCACGGACCGGACGGAGAAGCAAAGGUAAAGGUGUUAGACCCAAGGCUACAGGAGUCCAGUUCAUUAGCAGCUUGAACAUUGACAGCUAUCAAGGGCCUAGUGAAGACGAAGUGGAGAGAAUGGUAGAAGAAGAGUUAUCCAAAGAGCUGGAAUCCAGCCAGCUGAAUGAAGGAGAGGAAAGCAUGCCAUUUCUUGUUGUUCCAGAGGAGAGAGCAGACGAUGCAGUUUCCCUAGCAACAGAUGAUGAGGCUCUUGAGAGGGAGCUCAAGAAACGAGUGGAGCCUGGCAAGCAGAAGAAAUCCAAGAAGAGCUUAGCCAAGGAGAAAGCUGAGCUGAGGGAAGCGCGCCGACAAGAAAAACUGCGACGGGAAGAGGAGUUGAAGGCUUUGGCAGAAAAGAAGAAGCAACGGGAGAAAGAAAAGAGACAACAGGAGAUUGCCGAGCAGAGACGAAUACAGAUGGCAAAGGAGGAAUUGGAGGACGCCGCUUGGGAGGCGGAGCGAGCAGCCCAAGAAGAGGAGGAGGCGAGACAGAUGCUACAAGAAACCCGACGACUGCAACGGGAAGAAAGAGAGACACGGAGGAAAGCAGACCUGGAGAAGAGACGGAUAGAGAAAGAGCAACAACGACAGGGACGCAGGAAAAUGGAGGAAGCAGCCAGAUUGCGGGAGCAGGAGAUGGCUGAACGCCUGGCCGGCGCUGCAGAGAAGCGCAGGCUACGAGAAGAGGCGGAGUGGGAGAGACAGGAACGGGAACGUCUGGAGCAGGAGGAGAGGGAGCAGGAAGAAGAGGAAGAGAAACGCAGACUGGAGGAAGAAGAAGAAAGGAUCAGAGAGAUGGAGAGAGAGGCUGAGGAAGAAGCCAUAGCCCGGCUGGUCAAGGAACGAGAGGACGCUGAGCGCAGAAUGAGGCUUGCGAGAGAGGAGGCCGAGAAACAGCGACAGGAGGAGGAGAGAUUGAAGCUGGAAGCGGAGAAGAGGAAAGCAGAGGAGGAGGAACGACUGAGGCAACAGGAGGCAGAAGCUGAGAGAAAGAGACAGGAGGGGCUAGAUCGAAUCAGAAGGAUUCAGAAGCUAGAAGAGGAUGCGCGAGAGCGAGUCAGGCGAGAGCUGGCCCGACGCCGGUCCUGGGCCCUCCGACGCCGCGAGCACAACCAGGCCCAGCGAGACCACCUGAACUCCAUGAGGCAGACCCAGGGCAUGACGCGCCCCUGGGUCUUCUCCUACUACGUCCACUGGCCCAAGGAGAACUACGAGAGGAGGGUGUUCGUGGCUAAGAAGAAAGGGUUCCGAGCCCGACCCAAACCGAAGCCCAAGCCAGAGGUGGAGGGUCAAGGAAAGCCCUGAUCAUGUGCUGUCACUUGAACAAGAUGCAAAAAAAAUAACGUUCUGCAGAAUAGCGUGAUAUUUGACAUCAAAAUUGACAUCACUUAUCAGGUACAGUCUGUUUGAAGAAAUGAGUACAGCCUCUUAAUCGGAACAAGCUGUUUUGGCUCAAAUGUUAAAUUUAUAGCUUAAUAUAACUGACAGCACUUGGCAAGCCAAAGCCAGAAGAAGAAUGGUUCUCCGGCUGAAAUUAAAUCUACAAAUGAAAGAAAGAGAGUUUACUGAGUAAUCAGUCCACUUUUAUCUCUUGCGGUCGAUUAUGAACCAGAAGAGGGUAGAAGAUGGGAGGUUGUUUUGAAAAAAUUUGUAAAUUUUUGGUAUCUUUGUUACAGAAGAUCAAAGUGCUCAAUGCACCAUUUUGAUUCUCAUGUGUCUCUGAUGAGUAUGUAAUGAACAAAUCGCAAUGUGGUGCUGAUGAACAAUAAUUAAGAAAACCAAAUAUGCGAACAAAUUGCAAGGUUAUAGUGGAUGUGGAGUUGUGAUCCAUAAAAAAAUGAGUGACAGGUUUGAUUUUUUUUACUGAAAUGGUGUGAUUUUUUUUAUCAAUUUAUUUGUUUGGUUUAGUGAAAUUGUUGUGAAGGGAUAGUAGAUCAUGUCAGAAAAUGUCUCCUUUAUAGUUUUCGUCUGAACAAGGUAGACAGACAAGCACAAAGGUAGAUUUGCUGCACGGAGUUGCUUUGGGCUUUUCUAUUGCAUGACUAAUUGAUAUCUUUUUGAUGGGCUUUCUUACCAAAACAUUCCAUUUGAUUCCUAGUGCUGUCUUAAUGUGAUUUAACGGCGAUUGUGUAUCUACGGGCCCGGUUCCUAUAAGGGAACAAAAUCCACUUUUAAAUUAUUUGAUGUACUAGUUGGCGACAUUAAGAACAUACAGGUAUAGAUGAAGGGCAGGGUUUUGAAUUUUUUUUAGGGAAAUUUGGGGGUAAAUUGACAAUAACAAUGACAAAACAUUACAUGAAAUGAAGAUGGCGAUCACCGCGCGAUGUACCGUGAACGCGCAAGUCGUGCUGCACCUCACCAACCGGCCCUUAAACUGCAUAGGAAACUUAUAAUAAUACCCCAAGAAACUGUUCAAAAAUUACCAAAAAGGUGUCAUAACAUUGAGAGAAGUCUGCUUUAGGUUGACAAUGUCACUUGUUAGUAAUAAAAAAAUUCUUGAUUCUAAUUUGAUCGAAACAAAACAGGGGCCCUAUACUACACGAUCACCGAUUUAACGAUAUGAAGAGAGAAAUCAUAAACAUUUUAAUUUGUAUUUUUAGCUGCACUUUCUAAAUACAUUCCAGUCUUGCCACUUUUACUUGUAAUUUUGCCUUUCAGAUUUAAGUUGAAGUUUGUACUUGAACUUAAGUGAAAAUUAACAACUUCAUAGCUUAUGGUUUUGAGCAAAGAUAUUGACAAAAUUCUGAGGAACUUCUAAUAAGGGCUGGAUAGCUCAGUUGGUAGAGUUCAUGUUGAGCAAUCCGGCGGUCGCAGGUUCAAACCCCGCUGUCGCAGGUUCAAACCCCGGUACAGUCAAUUUCUUUGUUCAACUUUCAAAUUAAACUUUGUUCUUUCAUCAAAAGAAAAUAAAACAGUUUUCUAGUCUAAUUUUCAACUAAUGCUUGUAACUUUUUAUGUAUAAAAGAAAAUUCUAGUCUUUCAGAAAGCACAAGUUUUUAGAUUUGUACAAAUUUUUUUGUAGAGAUGCUGCUGGUAGCACAAUCUAUUUUUAACUCAGAGAUGAUCAUGAAUCGAAAUUUCGUAAUUUAUUUUCACAUGUGAAAAAAAUCUCUUGCUGUAAUUUGGUAAAAUUUUGAUAACUUGAUUUUGUAAUCUGUAAGACUGAUAAAUUGGAAGCAAAUCGCUUUUUUUAUUUGAA